AUGCGCCUCCUUCGUGCAGCAGACAUGACGUUCCACGAGUUUGAAGGCUCUUCCAUCCCACCUUAUGCCAUCCUGUCGCACCGAUGGGAGGGUGAAGAAGUCACCUAUCAAGAGAUGAGCGAUCGGGCGACUGCCAAAGAAAAAGGGGUUCGAUCUACUAAGGACCAGGAGCUCAAAAUCCGGGCGGCCGCCACAAAGAGGAAGUCUGGGUUCAAGAAGAUACGGCAAUGUUGCGAACAAGCAUUGGAAGAUAUGAUAGAGUAUGUGUGGGUUGACACAUGCUGUAUCGAUAAGUCGUCGAGCGCAGAAUUGUCCGAGGCCAUCAACUCAAUGUAUACUUGGUAUCAACAUUCUAUAGUUUGCUACGCCUACUUGGCCGACGUACAUACUUGGCCAACAUACCGAGCAGAAGACGCCGAUGGGGCCUGGGCCGGAAUCAUCGAUGUCUACGAGCACCAGGAUGGAAACGGAAGUGGACUCAACAGCCGCUGGAAAACGGGGCAUGUUCUUGCUUGGCAGCGACUAGAGCCCAUCUCGCAUGUCAUGAAUAGUGCCUGGUGGACUCGAGGAUGGACGUUACAGGAGCUAAUAGCCCCGGAAGAGAUGGUUUUCUAUGCCAACAGCUCAUCCAGUUGGAGCAAGAUUGGCGACAAACGGACUCUGCUUGAAUUGAUAGUGAAAAGGACUGGCAUUGAAAAAAUCGAGCUUCCGAUUGUUCACCAAGGCGAAGACCCAUACGGAUUGGCUAUUUUGCAUUGCGGGACCUACAAUACACGGACUGGUCUACCCGUUGUACGUCUUGGGCCACCAGGAACAAACCGUUAUGCCCGUGAUGCUCGCUCCACUGGACCUCUGAUGACUAUGAAAGCCGAGGAGCGCACACCCACAGCCAUCUUCAUGAGUCAAGAGCCAAGCAUCAGAGUAGAGAAGCGACGACCUCUCCAGGUAGUCAUAAGCGAAGACACUCUAAGAUUGUUCAACACAGUCUACUGUAGUGCCAAGGCUCGCCCCUCAGACGUACCAAGUAUAGCCACUGACCAGGCGUACACAUUCCCUCUCAACUGUCGGCGCGGCGCGAUACUGUUGGCUGGAAACGACUACACCAAUCAUCUACUCAUCUUAUUCAACAUCGAGCUGCAGCAUGUUGGGCGAUAUACCUGCAAGCUCGUCUAUUCUGGAGACGAGGACGACGAAGACUUCACGAUAGAGCAAGAGAAGAUACAUCGCCUUGUGCGUGAUAUGCGAAAGACCGAUCUGUCGCAAGAGUAUGCGUUAGCGAGAGAGAUUGAAGAAGAGCCCAGCUGGAGUCUGAUACAUGGCGACUCCGGUCCACCGAAUAAUCGCACUAGCUUCGCUGACCUACCAGACGACGCUAUGAUACUGGCGAAGUUUGCGCCAUACGAUGUACUCGAUAAUAGUGAUGACGGAAAUCUGGUGCUGCACGUCGAUCUCGUUGAUCAAUCGGAGAGUCCGCAGGAUCUGUAUGAACUAGAGUAG